ACGGGAGGGUGAUCGGCUGUUUGGGUCGCAUGAUUGGUCCUCCCGGAUGUUCUCGCUUCCUAUCAGAUGCUCGCUCCCUCCAUUCUUACUGAGAACAGUUGAAUUGCUGUGGAAUACACCGUGAGAGAACUGGCCUGUGCAGCGAGGUACCCACAUCAGUAGCAUCAUUAAACUUAAAGCCCAGCAUCCUUUGCUCCUGAGCGUCUGGAGGUAGGUGGGACGGGCGCCAUGUCAUCAUGCGUCCCCUCCCUGCCCUCUGCUGAGCCCUGCCCGCCCUUAGCAAUGCCCCCUGUGCACCCUCAGCCACUCCGACGCUCCCACCACACGUAGCCCCCAACCUCCGCCCAGCGGCCAUGGAGUCUCUCAUCGUGGUCACCGAGUAUGAGCCCAGCUCCCCUGGGGAGGAGGUGGAGGACAUGGACAGCUCCGACACCCCCGAGCCGGCCGCCUCCCCCAUGCAGCAGGGCCACGAGCUCCUGUCCCAGGUGGGGAGCCCCAAAGCCCUGUUCCCGGAGUCCCGGGAGAGCAGGGCCCGGCUCAACCUGUCGGACCGCAAGCUCUCCCUGCAGGAGCGGCCGCACUCGGUCUCCUCGCCCCUUGGCUCCCCCGGGCUGAAUGGACGCUACAUCUACCCCUCCCUGCCCUACUCCCCCAUCACCUCGCCCCACGCGUCCCCCCGCCUCCCGCGCAGGCCCACGGUGGAGUCGCACAGAGUCUCUAUCACUGACCUGCAGGACUGUGUGCAGCUCAACCAGUACAAGCUGAAAGAUGAGAUUGGAAAGGGCUCAUAUGGAGUUGUCAAGCUGGCAUACAAUGAAGACGACAACACCUAUUAUGCAAUGAAAGUGUUGUCAAAGAAGAGGCUGAUGAGACAGGCAGGAUUCCCGAGGCGGCCUCCGCCCCGUGGUACCAAGGUAGCCACUGAGGGCCCUGCCCAGCCUAAGGGGCCCCUGGAGCGAGUGUACCAGGAGAUCGCCAUCCUGAAGAAGCUGGACCACCCCAAUGUGGUGAAGCUGGUGGAGGUGCUGGAUGAUCCGAGUGAGGACCAUCUGUAUAUGGUUUUUGAGCUGGUCAAACAAGGGGCGGUGAUGGAGAUUCCCACAGACAAACCACUGGCUGAGGGCCAUGCCCGGUUCUACUUCCAGGACUUGUUGAGAGGAAUUGAGUUUUUGCAUUAUCAGAAGAUUAUUCAUCGAGACAUUAAGCCUUCCAACCUCUUGGUGGGGGAAGAUGGUCACAUUAAAAUAGCAGACUUUGGGGUCAGUAACCAGUUUGAGGGUGCAGAUGCGCUUCUGACCAGCACUGUGGGAACCCCAGCCUUCCUUGCACCCGAGACUCUUUCGGAGACCAGGAAAAACUUCUCCGGCAAGGCCCUGGAUGUGUGGGCAAUGGGAGUGACUCUGUAUUGCUUUGUUUUUGGAGUGUGUCCCUUCAUGGAUGAACGCAUCCUGAGUCUCCACCAGAAGAUAAAGACCCAGCCUGUGGAGUUACCAGAGCACAUUGAUGUGUCUGAGGAUUUAAAGGAUCUGCUCUUAAAGAUGCUGGACAAGAACCCUGAAACCAGAAUCUCAGUGCCAUACAUUAAGGUGCACCCGUGGGUGACACGGCACGGGGCGGAGCCCCUCCCCUCAGAAGACGAGAACUGUACCCUGAUUGAAGUGACAGAGGAGGAGGUGGAGAACUCUGUGAAACACAUCCCCAGCCUGGCCACGGUGAUCCUGGUGAAGACUAUGCUUCGGAAGCGCUCCUUUGGGAACCCCUUUGACUGGGGCAGGAGGGAAGAGCGAUGCCCCUCUGCACCUGGAACCCUGCUGGCGAAACAGGAGAGCGGGGACAGCAUGAGGAACGUGGACUUGCCUUUUGUAGGAGAGGACGAGGUUCUGUCCUGAUCUCGCGAUAGAGGAAGGGCGAGGGGGCCUUUCCCCGUGUUAUCAUGGGAAGGCCAGCGUUCAGAAAGGGUGGUUCACCACACUAUGGGACAGGGCACUGGGCUGUGUGGGCUGGCCUGUAGCCCGGGAGCACAGCUUGACGCCCCAGCCAUGCAUGCUUGUCUGCCAUUAAAAAGGCAUGCUCUUACCGUGUUCGUGCUCCACACCAGUGCCAACUCCAGUUGAUGCGUCUCUUUCUGGACUCCCCUCUUGUCUCGACCAAAAAAACGCUGCAAUGGGUGCAGCGCUGGACCCUUGUGGGCGGUGAAGGGAGUCUUUUUCUCAGCGCCUCUGGAUGGCUUGUUUGACGGCUUUACCGGUACGCCUUUGGCACAGCCAAUUUUGUAACAUAUUCCAUAUUUUAAAAAAGGGACUAGCUAUGGGUUGCACAGUGUACAGUGGCAUAUCGGGUAGGGGGGUUUAAAUUAUGCAUUUUACAUGUAAUAUUAAUGGAAUUGUAGUUCAAUGGAAAUUGUUGUUCAUAUUUAAAUAUCACAAGGUGUGUAGUAUUGAAAAUGACUUUGUUUUUCUACAUCCACAAAGCACACAGACUUCCUGUUACAAUAAUGAAUGCCUGUAGGGUUCAAUCUGUGGUUUAAAUAUCACUGGUUAGUUUUCAGACAACGUUUUUGCAAAAUAGAUCUUGCUUAUAGACUUUCAGUGGAAGUGUUUUCUUGACCUUUUGUCCUCAAAAGCCUAUUAAUAUUUAAGAGACAAAGCAUGCUGUGUGGUCUCAGGGCUUUUGUUUUAGAGCAGCGAUACUCUAUAGCUGUGGCAGAUUAUAUUUAAAGCACCUGCACUGGACAGACAUAAUGAACGUGCUCAGCUAGUAAGUGCAUGGCCUAGGUUGGCUUGUCUUCACUCCUCUGAAGCAUUAUGUAUGAUUUGGGGGGCAAGUGCUGUUUUUGUAAAGAAACCCAAUAAUAGAGAACAGUUUGAUUUAGUACCUCACAUAGCAUGUCAUAAGAUGGAAAGAUGCACUGUAACACAAUUCAAGGAUGUUUCAAGUAGUUUAGUGUAGUAAUAUGCACACAGUCAAUGAAUGAAUGCAGUCAAUGAAAAUGUAGUAUCUAGGUAAAAACAAGGGUCUGUGGGAGAAAAUCAGUGCUGUGUGGGUACCCACAAGCUGAUGCAAUUGUUUUCACUUCCUGUGCUGUGUACUCUAGAUAAGAUGUUAUGUAAUCACAGCUAUAGUUAGAUAUACUUUGCUAGAAUUUGAAAUCAAUACAUAAUAUAAACAUUGCUUCCACAUAGUUGUCUUUUUGACAAGUAUGUGUAAAACCUGCAAUGGAAAAAAGAUAUCAAAUUGGUAGUUAGUUUUACCUUACUUUUUCUGCAUGUUGAUAUUACUCUGGGGACAUAUCACAUGGCUCUCUAAAUUAUGAAGGCUUUCAAAGAUAUUACUAUGCAUAAGGAAAUUUACUCUUUGGUGCAAUUUUGACCCUCUCUAACCUCCCCUUUUGUUUAAUGUUGUUGGUGACCCUCAGAUGUCUUGUUAAGUGCUAACUGUCAGGGCUGCCACAGGUGAACACUUCAAGACAUUUUCAAAUUCUGAAUUAAGAGAAUGUCUUCAGCUUCUGCAUUAUACAGUGGAACAUGUACCAAUGAAAAGUUACUGAAUGAAAUUUUUAUAUAUGGGUGUGAAUAAAACAAUAAAUGAAUUAGGGUAUUAAAAGGGAACUCCAUGUUAAAAUACAUUUUUGGUGGUCAAUUGAAGUGUCCGCUGACAGAAUGGUAACAACAAUCAAGAUGGAGAAAUCUGACCAAGCAAAACAUUGCACCUCACCUGGGCCACAUUGCCCACUCUAGAUAUACUGUAGUAGUCAGGUAUAGCUUUGUCACUGAAGAAUUUUCCAGAUUCUGGAUGUGGAGAGUAAGAUAUAUAGACAGCCACAACAGAGAAAUGUAUUCUCCCAACUGUGGAGGGAUCCAUAAGGUACAAAAAUCCCCCCUUUAACUGGUAAUGGUACUUGCAAUUGCCCCUUUUAUUUAUGACAAUAGCUUGCAAAAAUGUAGAAUGACAAUGAAAUACUUGAAAAAAAAAAGAAAUACAAAUAUUUCCAUUAUCAGGAUUUAUCAGGAUUAACAUAAUCAUGGAGAUCAAUGUGAAUUGUUAAGAGAAUGUUGUAUAGAGUAAAACAAGGCCUUUGCAAUACCAAUGCACCUUGGUCUCAGGCUAAAAACCUUUCUGGUUUUGUCAAAUUAGAGUUUUGUCCAAAGGAAUCAUGGGAUGGCAACCUCUAUGUGCAGGGGCUCUUUGUGCCCAGCACCCAGAGCAAUGCUGCAAUAGGGUGGUUUGACUGCAGGGUGCCUGUUGAUGUACCCGGCCCAUGUAACUCUGUAAAAUAUUUGUAUUUAUAAACAGGUAUUCAAUCUUUUUCUGUCUUUUGUAAUGCUGUCUAAUCCACCCAUGCCAGAGCAGCUAUAGUAACAUUUGCCAAUCCUCAUAUCACUGACCAUACUUAGUAUUUCAGCAUAGUAAUACACAGUAGAAUGCCAUGCAUCUGAAUACACUAGCCAACUGCAUGCUUACAUAUGUAAUCACUAAAUACACAAAGUCUGGUGUGGUUCUGUGGAAGCCGGUGGGUGAGUGGGCUUGUGAUUAAGUACCCUUUACAUAUUGUAUCCGGUUGAUUGUUUCAAUAAAAAUUACAGUUGCCUUUAAGUAAGGAAA